CCAAUCGCAUGUGCCAUGGAACAAUAGAAGUCCUGAUUUGUAUGUAAAGGAGCCAUUCUAAUCCACAUCAAUUGUGAGCGAAGGAGGACUUUAUUUUGGAGGCAAUGUACAAAAAUAUAUUUAUUUACUUAGCUUUAGCAACAGCAAUCGAUGGAUGUCGAGGAGGAAUUCGAAUAAAAAGAAUAGCUGAGUCCAUUAAAAAUGAUGAAAAGAAGCUGGCAGGAGCGGCAUUAGGGACAGUAGCUGGCGAUUCAUCGUUGAAGGCAGUAUCUGGUGGUUUGGAGGCACCUCUGGAAGGACACGGACUGAAUACGAAACGAGAUGUCUUGGACGGUGUCGCUAUGCAGCGUUUUGCAGAGGAUUUCAAGCACCACCCAAGGAUGUCACGUGAGCUGGCGAAGGUAAGAAUGUAUAGGUCGUAAAAAUCGAUGAAAAAU